AUUUGCAAGAAGAGAUUACAGGAAAAAAGAUGCACUUCUCAGUUAUCGCGGCACCUUGUUGAAUGCUGAUGAGGCACAUGAAGUAGCUAAAGUUUGCAAGAUGUAGAUGGAAAUUUCAUGGUUUACUUACGAAAUUGAUGCUACUAGAACAGAUUACCUUGUUAGAUAUGUCAAUGACUCACCAUCGUCCUAUGCAAAUUGCAAGAGGAUCCUAAAGUUUACUGCCUCAAUACCACACCUUUUCGCCAAAAAGGAUAUUCCUUUGAACAUAAAAUCAAGGUAUGACUAUGGCGAAUCCAAAUGGAAAUUAGCCUGGAGAAAAGGGACAGAAUAUCUUAAAUCAUUUGACUAGUUACCAAUCCCAUGGCUGUCAAAGGUCCACGUUACAAACGUAACGCCGUCGUCGGUGACCUCCAUAGAGCCAAACGUAUCAGCUCAAAUGUUGACCAAGAAGUCGAUAACAUCAAGACGAAAUACAAAAAGGCUGAUUUUCCUCCGCGCUAUGUCAACAGCAUCAUACGGCAGUUUUACGAAGACUAAAGCGUCAAACCCAGAGUCCUUUUUAAUUCCACCUGGUUUGUUUGAUGAAAAAGAAGAUAAGGUAUUUUUACUUUUUGAAAUACAUUUCUGUGAGAAAAAUGAACAGCUUUCAAAAACUUUCCUUAAAAAGUUUAACGUCUACACUAAUUCGCGGUUCCAUGUGUCAAUUAAACAGCUGACAAAAUUUACAAGAACAUUGUUCCCUUUAAAUCCUCUCACCCUGCGUGCAAAAUAUACGUGCGUAUGCGGUGUCACAUAUGUAGGUGAAACAAAAAGGAAUGUGGAACAAAGAUGGAACGAACACCGCCUUCCUCACAAAUCAGAACCAACCAACCAUCUCGUAGAGAACCCCCCACACACUUUUACAUAGGUUAUUAGUCAUGCUUCAUUGAAUGAUAGAGAGAGAAAGAACUUAAAAGCUCUUAUCAUAGCCAUUAAGAGACCAUUUUUCAAUGAACAAUUACAUUUCCAAAUGUUAUGUUUUUUUGGUUUUGGGAUUACUUAGUAAUUACUUGUUUUAACACCUUUCUUUUAUAUGUACAUCCUUUUUUUAUAUAAUCAAUUUUCUAGAUUUCUUUUUAUCUGUUUACUUCUGUAUUUUUCCUUUCACUUGUAUAUUUAUUGUACUGAAGACGGACAUAGUCCGAAAAGCUUCCGCUUAUCUCUUUGAUAAUAGCCGUAUUUUGUCUGUCUCUGCGCAAGAUGGCACCUCAAGUAGCGAGACCCGCCGAAAAUCCCCGCGGCCCUGCAGCUUUAUUUCGAAUCCCCGGCAGACCCCGUUUUUUUACCGGCCUUGCUUUGCCGCUCAAUGUAAUAAACCAAUCACGAGGCCCCAUUUUCACUAAUGACCAAUCCAAAUGCUUCGCGGCCUCAACAUGCCGACGGGAGGAAACAUGCUACCCCUACGAAGGCCAUUUUGGUUUGGAAGUGAUGGUGUGAAGUUUGGAAGAUAUACGUGGCGUCGUGAUUCUGUACAUCUUAGUCAAGUGGGAAAUGUCACUGUGUAUGCAGAUGUUCCAGGCUUUCUAAACCCAUCAACCCUGUUCGAAUCUGCUAGACCAGACAUUGUCUUCGUGAAGGACAACACCUAUCAUAUUAUCGAGUUGACGAUUUGUUUCGAGAGCAAUUUGGUGAAAUCACAUGAAUAUAAAAGGAGAAUGCACGAAUGCAUACAGGAUUAUGUGAUUGAUAAGAACUUCGACGUCGUACUUUACCCUGGAAUUUAGUUCCGUGGGGUUCGUUCCUCCUUCGAUGAAGAAGCUUAAUAGCUUUUUGAGACAAAACAAAAUAGACGUAAGUAGAAUGAUUUUAAAAUGCAGCGAAGUUGCUUGCAGAUGUUCCUAUUAUGUAUUUAAUAGACGAAACAAGAGCUGGUUGGAAAUGCCAAUAAUGAAGUUUGUGUAAUGUAUGUUUAUCUGCUGCCCUUUUUAAUAGCGAACACAGCAGAAUUUAAAUUUCUAGUUGUAUCUAGAUAAAUUAACAAAAUAUUCAACUGUCAAGGUCUAGAUAGCAAAAUAAAACAAAUGCAGAUCGCAGACGACUUCCUACAACAUGAUCUAUCAAUUAGGAUGGUACAAGAAAUCAUCAACGGACAACAAAACGCUUCACCUAUAUAACUCUGGAAACGAGUCGAAAUCACGAAAUGGGACUGGAAUCAUUCCUAAACCAAACAUUGACGUCGUUUUUAAACCAAUCUUAGAUAGAAUUUGCAUGUUAACAAUAAAAAAAUGCUAAUAAUGUUACAUGUAACUAUAUUAGCUCUUAUGCUCCAUCGCUAGAAAGAACAAUGAAGAAACCUUAUGAAACAACUAACACAUGUUUCAAACACAAACCAAGUCAUCGCACCACAGGGAAAUCACCUGUAACCGCUCAAAAUAAUCUCUAUCCUUAUAAUGGGGAAAAUAUAAUAACUCUUGUUAGGGUUAUCGUUAGAACUUGAAACUUUGUUUCAUCGAAAAGAAUCAUUUUGCCUGUUUUGGACACGUAAUUAAUCAAAUUUCCCGAUUUUUUCGGAUCUCUCCCCCCCUCCCCCGGUCAUAAUAUGUUCUAAAAACCCCGGACCGAAUAGGGUUAAAGGAAUAUUCAACAAAAAUGAAACAACAGUAAGAAAACCAAUAACACCAACCCCAAUGACAAAUAAAUUUACAAAAAAAGACAUAAAAUCAGCUACGAAAGUAAUCACCAAAGCCCUGGCAAAGAUAACAACAAUGGUGAUCUAAUCAAAGACCCACCAGACAUAAUAUACGAGAACAUAGAAAAUAUCUUCAAUAACAUUGCAGAGACAGGCGAACACCCAAACGAAAUAGAUCAUGGUUUAAUCCGAGCACUACAAAAACCGGGAAAACCAAAGGGACCGCCUUCCAACUUGAGACCAAUCAUACUACUAUCUGUUCUGAGAAAAAUUCUAGCAAUGUGUUUAAUAAAGCGCAUUGGAACAAGACUAGACGACAAAAUUCCAAUCAACCAAACUGCAUACAGCAAAAGUCGAUCAACAACUGAACACGUAUUUACCACCAAACUGAUAAUUGAUAGAACAAUAACAUCAAAACACGAAACUGUAUACCUUAUUCUUCUAGAUAUGAACCCUAACGUCAAAUGUUAAUAAACGACCUUAACCCUAUUUGGGCCGAGAUUUUUCGAACAUACUAUGACCGGGGGAGAAUCCGCCCCUCCUGAAUAACUUCUCAUAGGGUUGUUCAAAUUGAAUCAAACUUGGCACACUUAUAGUACGUCAUAUAAUUAACAAAAUGGCAGCAAUAAGUUUUUGUUUGCGUCAGCACAUCUUCUGUGAUGUCAUCAGAAGCUUGAAAUUUGUUAAAAAUGACACUAUGUAAUUAAAAUUUAAUUACUUUUGUUCCAGAUGGAAUUUUUGCAUUCUGUUUGAAAAUGCUGAAAGCUAAAUAAAAGUUGUUUAACAUAUUUUUCGGUCUUUACGUGGAUCGCAUAACAAAUUGCCAAAAAUUUCCCGAAAAUCCGGUUUUUUCCGAUUUUCGGGUAAAAUCUGACGAAAUCGGGAAAUCGGACUAAUCACGUGUCCAAAUUGUACAAAAUGAUUCUUCUUAAUAAAACAAAGUUGUGUUGCAAGUUUCAGGUACUUAUGUAUUGACUAAGGAUAAUCCUAAGAGGAGUUAUUAAAUCUUACCCAUUAUAAGGGUUUCAUAGAGAUUUUUAGGGGUAGUUUCGAGUAAUGGCUAAUAUCAAAGCCUCUGAAAGGUAUGCGACCUAAAAAUUUGCCAUGCAGGUGUCUAAUAGAUAAAUAUUGAAACUCAAUAUGCUUCAUAGCCAUAUAACAUAGCAAUAAGGAG